AUGUUGACAUUACUGUCUUUACAUAAUAAAGCAGAACGUGGAGAGAUGGAAAAGAAACUUCAUGCAAAAGAUGAAGUCAUUGAAUCCAAAGACAAAAGCAUACAGAAAAGAAUACCGCGUUCAGUACCAAAAGGAAAGGAAAAGAGUUAUAAGUAUAUGAUAUAUACUGAAGAGUUGGAGAAAGAAGAAGACAGAGAUAUGGUUAUGUUACAUUUAGUCAGAAGAAACAACAAAAGCUUUUAUGACUUAGCUAAGAUAUAUAAAUCUGACAGAAACUGGUUCUAUCGUGAAAACUUACCGAUUUCAAUGACUCCGAAUGAACAAAUAAAGGAAAUUGUCAAAAAUACUCUUCCUCAAACACACUAUGACAUCAAAGGUUGUACAAUACUUACAUUCAAAGAAGACUUAACAUUACUGAAGGAAAAAAUAACAGAAUAUUUCGAUAACUUCAAAGAGGAAGAAUGA